AUACAGAGAAAGAUAGCAACAAGAAGCAGAAGCUAGGCUUUUUAGCAGCUGAGGAGAGAAAUGCUCAUGUUAUCUCUUCCUCUGCUUUCCAAUUUUUAACUUCUUUUUUUACAACAACUCCAUAGAUUCUUGCAUUUUCAUUUUCUGGGUCUUCAAUGGCUGCUUCUUGGCUCUUAUCAGAAUGUGGCCUAAGACCUCUCCCAAGAAUCUACCCUCAUCCCACAACUGGAUUUGCAUCAAAAAGCUCUAAUCUUUUCAACCUAAGACCAGUACCAGUCUCAAAAACUCGCAAUCUUUGUCCUUCUUUCAAGCUCUCUUAUUGGUCUAAGCAAGGAAACUGGCAAUUAAAUGUUGCAGCUCCUGUAAGUUUUACAACUGUGAAUGAAGAGGAGGAUAAAGAAAGCGAGGAGGCUAAUGAGGAAGGAGAAUUUUUUGACCCAGGUGCCCCACCACCUUUUAAAUUGGCUGAUAUUAGAGCAGCCAUACCAAAACAUUGUUGGGUUAAAAAUCCAUGGAGAUCUAUGAGUUACGUUGUGAGAGAUGUGGUUGUGGUUUUUGGAUUGGCUGCCAUUGCUGCUUAUUUUAAUAACUGGAUUGUUUGGCCUCUCUACUGGUUUUGCCAAGGGACUAUGUUCUGGGCUCUCUUUGUUCUUGGCCAUGAUUGUGGUCAUGGAAGUUUCUCAAAUAAUCCAAGGCUGAAUAGUGUAGUGGGUCACCUUCUUCAUUCUUCAAUCCUUGUUCCUUACCAUGGAUGGAGAAUUAGCCACAGAACCCAUCAUCAAAACCAUGGACAUGUUGAAAAUGAUGAAUCAUGGCAUCCAUUGUCUGAGAAAAUCUUCAGAAGUUUGGAUAAUGUUACAAAGACAUUGAGGUUCACCUUGCCUUUUCCAAUGCUUGCUUAUCCUUUCUAUCUGUGGAGUAGAAGCCCUGGAAAAAAAGGUUCUCAUUUUCAUCCAGAGAGCGAUUUGUUUGUCCCAAAUGAGAAAAAAGAUGUUAUUACCUCAACAGCUUGUUGGACUGCAAUGGCUGCAUUGCUUCUGUGCUUAAACUUUGUAAUGGGUCCUCUCCAAAUGCUUAAACUCUAUGGCAUUCCCUACUGGAUCUUUGUCAUGUGGUUGGACUUUGUGACCUACCUGCAUCACCAUGGUCAUGGAGAUAAACUUCCCUGGUAUCGUGGAAAGGAAUGGAGUUACCUGAGAGGAGGGCUUACAACUCUUGAUAGAGACUAUGGAUGGAUCAAUAACAUACACCAUGAUAUUGGUACUCAUGUGAUUCAUCAUCUCUUCCCCCAAAUCCCCCACUACCACUUGAUUGAAGCAACUGAAGCAGCUAAGCCUGUGCUAGGGAAAUACUACCGGGAACCCAGAAAAUCUGGACCUCUUCCAUUUCACUUACUGGGAAGUCUUAUAAGAAGCAUGAAUCAAGAUCACUAUGUAAGUGAUACUGGAGAUGUUGUAUACUACCAGAAGGAUCCUAAUCUGUAUGGUGGUGAGAAAACAGAGUGAAGCUGCAAAUGUUCAUGGUGUAAAAAAUAAAAGCCCUACCAAGCCAAGAUCUUUUGUGACCAGUGAUUUAACUUCUGACAACUACUCAAUAUUUGGCUUACUCUGCUACAGGGUACAGCCAUUCUGCCCACAUAUAAAUAUUGCUUUCUCCUCAUAUGAUUGGAGAGAUUGCAGAUAGAUGAUAUUAGAUGGUUAUGUUGUAAUUUGAGCAUAAAAAGGUUCAGUGUAUGAUGUAUCAAUAACUGAAAAUAUCAAAUCUUCUUUUUUUUUUUGGCA